GGAGGGGGAUACACACUCUCUCUUGUGAUGCCCCAGCUAUUCUUCUGGUGUGGACAAAUAAGUCAACGCUCAGAUGCCACUGCUAAAACCAGUUCCUCGUGAUGUUUCUUAGAAGAAGGUAGCCUCACUUACAGCGCUGCACUCUUCAUCUUCACCAAGAAGUCAAGAAGGACUUGAUCUCCUCUCGUCAGUAGACGGGUUAAGGACCUUCUACCUGAGAGGAAGUCAAGACAAGCAGACCCGAAGGUAAAGGAAAAGACAUAUAGAUAUCUUACAACCAUCUGACCACCAGCAGCAGCAGGUGUAUCCUUGGACUUUGAGCAGAGAUGGGAGACUGGAGUCUUCUUGGGAAUUUCCUUGAAGAGGUCCAGGAGCACUCCACUUCGGUCGGGAAGGUUUGGCUCACCAUCUUGUUCAUUUUCCGCAUCCUGGUCCUGGGCACGGCGGCGGAGUCGUCCUGGGGCGACGAGCAGAGCGACUUCAUGUGCGACACCCAGCAACCCGGUUGCACCAACGUCUGCUACGACAGCGCCUUCCCUAUUGCCCACAUCCGCUACUGGGUGUUGCAGAUCGUGUUUGUCUCCACGCCCUCACUCAUCUAUAUGGGCCACGCCAUGCACACGGUGCGUAUGGAGGAGAAGAGGAAGAGGAUGGAGCAGGAGGAGAGGGAGGCUAGAGGGGACGAUGGAGAAGACCUGCAGAAGGAGAAGGAGUUCCUCCAGCAGAAACAGAAUACAGCUGAGGGGACAGGUCGUGUCCGUCUAAAAGGAGCCCUGCUCCACACUUACAUCCUGAGCAUCUUGAUCCGAACAGUGAUGGAGGUCACCUUCAUAGUGGUGCAGUAUCUCAUAUAUGGGGUAUUCCUCAAGGCGAUGUACCUCUGCACGACCUGGCCUUGUCCCAAUGCCGUGAACUGCUACAUGUCCCGACCCACAGAGAAGAACAUCUUUAUCGUCUUCAUGCUGGUGGUGUCUGGCGUGUCUCUUCUGCUGUCCGUGUUGGAACUCUACCACCUUGGCUGGAAGAGCGUCAAGAAGUGCGUACGCAACAAGACGUUGCAGAAGAACAACCAUAGGGCUGUGACAGUGGCCGUGUCCACAGGGUUGGAAUCCAACAAACACCAACAACCUUCCGCCUCUUGCACCCCACCCCCGGAUUUCGAUCACUGCCUGACCGCGCCGAGAUCCAUGAAUCCCAUGACCUCCAUUGCCUCCCACCCGUUCAACACCAGGAUGGCACUGCAGCAGAACUCGGCCAACCUGGCGACCGAGCGGCACCACAGCUGUGACAACCUGGAGGACGAGGAGGACUUCUUGAGGAUCAGAUACGAACAGCUGCCUGCAGAGCUUCCCAACGGCUGCUCGCCACUGCCGCUGCUCCAUUCAGGCUUCCUGAAGGACAAACGACGCCUGAGCAGGACCAGCGGCACCAGCAGCCGGGCGCGGCAAGAUGACCUGGCAGUGUAGGUCCAAUAUGGGCCAAAGAGUGAGGAUAGAAGUAUCACUUACAAACACAACUCUAACAACUUGCAAAAGUAUUAACCCAAAUUAGACAUUUUUCACAUUUUGCUACAUUACAACCAGAACCUUGUAACAUAUUUUCUUAAAUUUUUUUGUGAUGAACCAACACAAAGUGAUGUGUGAUUGUGAGGGAAAGGAAAAUGAUUCAUGAAAUCUUCACCCACACCAGCUGCAUGCAUCUGGCAUCUAACAGCUUUCCAUAGAGACUAACAUAUUGUUCAUUGAUCUUUGCAAAACAUUAGGCCGACGGGGUCUGUGAUCUUCAAAUUCAAAUGUUUUGCUAAAUAUCUUAAUUAUAUUAAGAUUUAUGCAAUUCUAACACCUGAAAAGGUGUUAGAAUUGUUGAAUAGAAACCUUCAACAACCUAUGUUGAAGGUUUUUUGCCCUGCUGGAAGAUGAACUUCUAACUCAGUUUCAAGUUUGUUUUUCAGCCUCUAACAGGUUUCAGGUACCUUCAUCGUGUAAAUACCUUCUUCUACCCCUCAACUCUUAGCGGUAUAUUUAAUGGCAGCAUCAUCCUGACUUUUCCAUAAAGGGCAGUUCAGUGCAGCACUUUAUUAAUAGUCGUUCUCUUAUCAGACUAUGAGCUGGGACUCUGCGGCAUUCUCUGAUGUACCUGAUGACAUAUUUUACAUAUGACCUCUGGGUAGUAAUUAUGUGAAUUUCCUGGAUUUUAUUUAGGAGUACAGGAGAAAAAUGCUGGUGAAAAAGAAAACAAACACUUCAGAUUUUUAAUUGUAGAAGACUAUGAAAACCUUGAAUCCUUUUCCUUCGACAACAUGACUCUGCGCUUCUUUGUGUUGGUUAAGCUCAUGAAGUCCCUAUAAAACCUGUUGAAGUCUGUGUUUGUUAUGUAGCAACAUGUGAAAAACAUCCAGGAGUAAUAAUACCUCGGCAGAACACAGUGAAAGAUGUUCUGUGGGAACUUUAACAAAGGGGACAGCUGAUUAAAGAAAUUCUCAUUUGAAGACACACUGAAAUCUGUGAAAAGACUCCAUAAACGUUAUAUACGAAUGCUGUCUGAACGGAUAAGCAGGCAUGUUUCUGUGCUUGAAUAUAAAAAUGGUAAAUAAACUGCAAAAAGAGAUUAACACGAGCAGGGUAACAGGUGUGGUACCUGACCAUUGCACAUGCUUUCCUUUAUUUAAAACUAGUGAAAGCAGGGCAAAAUUGUAUGUUUGUGAAGGAUGUAGGGUGUGUUUUUUCUUUUUUUUUCUAAUUAAAUAAUCAAAUGCAUCUCAGUUAUUUUCUGAAUUACAUUUAUACCUUUUACUUAAAUACAUAAUUUUAACAACUCUUGAAUUGGGUAAUGUAAUUAAUAAAUCGAGAAAGAGUUAUGGCAUUAACUGUGAAAUUUUUUUUAUAUAUAUAUUUGCAAAAGAAAAUAAAAAGUGCCUUGAAAAGUUAAGGAGGAUUUGUAUGUCUUCACUGCAAAUAGAUUUUUUUAUGUGUCUUCUACUAAAUCAAUUGCACUACAUUUUUAGAUUUAAAAAAGACAAACAAUACUAACUUUUAAUGUGUGAAUAAAACCGUGACAUAUUUCCUCUAUACUAGCGAACGUAAUGUGAGAAUGUAGCUUCUUGUUUUGUCUAUUUAAAGUUAUUCAGAAUUAAUUUUGGAAGAUAUGGUCCUGCUGAUGUGAAGCGUAAUGAGCAGGUUUAGCCACUAGGUGGCGACAAUGCACUUGUAUUUUUUUUAGAUGGUGUCCUGGAUUCAUUGAUGUAAAUAGUUAUUCCAAUGCAAUAUGUGUUUAAUGUUUUUGUUCUUGAAUACAUUUUGCUUCACAGUCUAGUUUUAUACUAUAUAGAGAAUAAUUGUGGAAAUAGAUAUAUUUACAGUCAGACAUUUGAAGAUUAUGCAACAGAAUUCAGUACAUUUUAUUUUGUUCUUUCACAUAUUCUGUAGUCCAUAACAAACCAAUAAACCAUCGUCCAGUCAGUGAGUUCAA